UUGUUUGCACCCCCAAAAGUGAAGCAGAGACGAGCUACAACAACCUUUCAGUUUCUUCUCUUUGCUGCCCCCUAAAAGAGUAGCUAGAGAAAAUUGACUCCUUCCCCCUACCCCUUACCCACGCCUCCUCUCCUCUCCGCCACCCGAUACAUCAGUACUCGUCUUUCUUUCUAAUUAUCUCUCGCGCGUGGUCCUUAAUUUGCUGGCCAACAACAAGUAUAACACAAACGUUAUAUACAGAUUAGAUAGAGUAGCUAGCUAGUGAUUGUAAUAUGAAUAUGGAUAAUAUGGAUUGGAAUGGCAACUUCAGAAGCUUUGUUUCUCGACCAGAUCAGACUUCCUUUAACUUCCUCCACAACUAUGCCUAUGACCCGCAGUAUCCAGGCAUGGACAUGAAGCACCCAGCAAUAUUAGCAGAAAAUGCACCCAACAGAUUCGUCCCGACCGCUCUGGACAAGAUCACCAGCUAUGGGAGUCAAGAGAAGAAGAAACGAUUGACAAGUGACCAGUUAGAGUCGUUGGAGAAGAGCUUUCAAGAAGAGAUCAAGUUGGAUCCUGAUAGGAAAAUGAAGCUCUCUCGUGAACUAGGGCUCCAGCCCAGGCAGAUUGCUGUUUGGUUCCAGAAUAGACGUGCUAGAUGGAAAGCUAAACAGCUCGAGCGCUUAUAUGACAACCUUAAGCAGGAGUUUGAUUCUGUGUCCAAAGAGAAACAGAAGCUUCAGGAAGAGGUAAUGAAGCUGAAAGCAGUGGUGAGAGAACAAGCCACCAGGAAGCAAGUCUCAACAGCAGGGUACACAGAGAUAUCAGGGGAAGAGACAGUAGAAAGCACAUCAGUUGCUGCAGCAAGUCGCAAGCUACGAGGACAGAGUCACCACCAGAGCAACGCAGAACACUGCAACUAUCUUCUCCAUGUGGAUGAAUACAACCCAGUUUCAUCUCCUUACUGGGCUCUUUUGCCAUCUUAUCCUCAAUAAUCACUUCA